AUGUCCCUGAAGCCAUCCGGAGAUCCCACAGUGAUAAACCUGGAAACAACCGCUGCACAAUUAAAGCAUCAUUAUGGACCACCAUUAGAGGAAUGCAUUUCUUUCAGGAUAACGCAUUCGGCGAACUUCAUUAAUCUUCCGUUGAAGAAUCACACUGACCAUUAUAAAGACGGAGCUGACGGCUCUUUCAUUGUCAGUGGUUCCACGUGCGUGAGAGACAUCAUGUCAGCCGUCAUCGAAGAUGAAGUGGUCAAGUCGACGAUACGCAACAUGAACUUUCCGGACGUCGAUGCGGCGGAAUACAUCACCCAAUGCUGUGAACGGUUCAGGGAUCGGACGGCUCUGAUUGACUACGCGACUGGCGCGAGGUUCACAUACGCAGAGAUUUACAAGGUUUGCCUCAGCGUCGCCGCAGGUCUUCAAAAGCUGGGAUUCCAAGCAGGGCAUAAGGUGGGAUUGCACAGCGCCAACAACGUCGACUGUUUGCAGGCCAUCCUGGGCAGUAUCCUGGCUGGUGGAACACUAGUCUUCGCUAAGGCUGCUCUAACUUCACGCGAACUUCACUACCAGUUAGCAGAUUCUCCGCCGGAUAUUGUGUUCUGCAGUCAGGACAACGCUGCCAAGACGCUGGAAGUCUGCAAAACUAUCGACUCCGUUAAGAACGUGGUGGUAUUUGGGGAACACGAUGGUUGUUUGCCUUUUGCCCAACUUCGAACCUCCCCGGCUUCAGCGUUCCGUAAAGCACCAAGAAGGCAGUCGCAAGACAUCCUCAUGACGAUAUACUCUAGUGGCACGACUGGUUUACCCAAAGGUGUGAUGCUGUCGCAUCGUAACUACAUCGCCAUGGCCGUGAUGUCAGGUGACGACGGGCUUCAGCUUAUGGACGGAAACGACGUGUUCCUGGCCACAGCUCCUCUAAUGCACGUCUCCGGUACCUGGUUGACGGGAUGUCUCUUCAGUGUUGGGGCCACCAUGGUCAUGCUUAACAGUAAUGACCCUGAAGUGCUGUUACCUGCCCUAGAGAAAUACAAGGCAACGGCAACCUUGCUAUUCCCCACCUACGCUCAGAAGCUGCUGCAAUGCCCGCUGCUGGACAAAUACGAAACACGCACUCUGAAGACUGUGCUCAUCGGUGGCACUCCCACUCCUUCUGUUGUGGCACGCAACGUCAUUGAACGUUUCAAGUUGAAAACCUACAGAACCGUGUACGGUAUGACGGAAGUGUCGGGCGCGUUGACGGCAACUCCCCGGGGAAGAUGCGAGUACAGUAACGUGGGAAAGCCUGCUCCCAUGACUGAAAUCAAGGUAGUGGAUGUUGUGAGCGGCAUGAAGUUGGGGCCCCACGAGCAGGGUGAACUGCGUGUCAAGAGUCCAGGUUGUGUUCCAGGAUACUUCAACAAGCCGGAAGCCACUGCUGGCAUGUAUGACUCGGAAGGGUUUCUCAAGACUGGUGACGUUGGUUACUACGACGAACACGGUACCUUUUACAUUGUCGAUCGCAUCAAGGAACUCAUUAAGUGCAUGGACCAACAAGUAGCACCAGCAGAGUUGGAAGACCUGCUUCUUCAGCACAGGGCUGUCAAAGAGGCAGCAGUGGCUGGUAUUCCACAUAAGGAUUUUGGUGAGGCCCCCAGGGCUUUCAUUAUACUGCAUUCUGGAGCUAAAGAAGACGCAGUGAAAGGCGAGCUGCUGCGUCUUAUCGCAGAAAACCUGGCUCCUCACAAGCGCUUGCAUGGUGGAAUUGAAUUCGUAGAGAACAUACCGAAGUCAGACACGGGCAAGAACCUGAGAAGAGCUCUUCGUGAUGCCUACAUACAGAGCAUAAACUAGAAGACGUUCAAGAAUAUCGCGAUGCUUUUCUCUUUAAAAUUAGAUUUCAGUUGCCUUCUCAUGUCCGAUUUGCAGAAUAUAUACAUAUACUGUACAUUUUACACGAGAUGACGAUUUAAUAUCGUCUCAGAUAUAUUUCGUCACGCAAAGUCGGGUCACGAUAUGUCGAUCGUUGUACGCAGAAAUGACAAACUUUUGAGGUAGAACUGGUUGGAUGACUGCUCAGACACGCUAUCUGAGUAUUUGUAAGAGUAGAACAAGGUACGGAACCAAGUCGUCUGCAUCUACUCCGGCUCACUCGAGGUGUGAAAGAGCAAGGCUAUGUAGCAGUGUCGUUGCAGCAAUAAAAUUACACUAAUAAACAGUAGUAAA